AUGACAAAAACAAUUAAAACAAUACCUAUUGUUAUACCAAUAAAUGAAAGUAUAUGUGGUGGUGAUAAGAGUUUGAACCCAGAUAGUCAAGACUAUAGAACAAAGGUUAUUAAAAGUGUAUUGGGUAAUAUAGUAUUGUUAAAGAGGAUAGUUGUAUUGGCAAGAGAUCAUACCGUGCCAACAGACUAUUACAAAUUGAAUGAAUUGCCACACAAAGAUAUAGUUUGGUACUUGAAACAUGGACAUAUUGGUGCGAUGAAAGAGAAACUUGACCGAGACCACUUACAAUACAAACAACAACAACAACAACAAUUACAAAACAAGGAAACAACAGAAUAUUUAAACAUUGGUAGAGAUCAGUUGAAAUGGAGCUAUGACUUAACCAAAUAUCUUUGUUCAAUACGUGACACACCAGAACAGAUGGAACUGUUUUAUUACUUUUACAAUAUGCGACCAGAGUGGUUUUGUGCAGUUGAUUGUAUAGAGGCUGCAGUAAUGUAUGGCAAUCUAACAAUCUACAAGAUACUAGAGACUCAUAAAAUACCAAAACCAAUAGAAUUCAAAAGAGACGAUAAUUUGAUGAUUGCUGUACAAUCAAUACAGGUAGAGUUGGCAGACUAUAUUGCAAAAGGCAUGUCAUACAAACUAGAAGAUGGUAUCAAUCCAACUGCAAGAUUUGAGAUGGCACUGGACAAGAUACAACCGUCAUUUCUUGACAAGAAAGAUUUGGUUGGUAUGAUAGAGUUGAUAUCAAAAUUUAAACCAUUAUCCUCUCGAUUGUUGGAUAUAUUCAACAUACACCAAUUCUGUGAUAUCUCACUCUUGGAUAGACUUGGUGUGGAUUUGGCCAAGAUGGAGACCAGCGCCCUUAUCACAUUUCUCCAUUAUUGUCUAGAGAGUGAUGAUAUCGAUCAAUCAACAAUCGAUUAUCUCCAACACGUCUGCAAAUUACAAGAUCCCAAAGGGUACCAAGCUGCAGAUGACCAAUCAAACUGGUACAUUGACCAAUUCAUUUGCAAAGAGGAAUCAGAUGAAAAGACAAAAUGUGCAAUGUAUGUACUUGGCUUGAUGAGAUUUAUUGGUAUUCAACCAAAGCUACAAGGAUAUAAAAAUCUUUACAAAUACAAGGGUAUCAAGAAAUUGGGUGAAUUUCUUGAACCGAUUGUACGAGAAUAUCGAUACCAACCAAUCAUUGAAUAUGGGUCAUUGGAACAAGUCAAAUGUGUCGUACCAAAGAAACGCAGCGCUAAAAUCGAAUUUGUACCUCAAAAUGCAGCCACCCUAUCAUAUCUUGCAGAUAAUGAUCUAAUUCAAUACUCGAAGGCAUUUACUGCAAAAGUGAUUGCAACUCAAAACUUGGAAAUGAUAAAAGUGUUGGCUCAAAAGUGUCGUUCAUUGGAAGGGACAAAGGAAUUAAUUGCAUAUUCUGUCAAUGGAGAUAAUCAUCAAUUAUUGGAUCUAUUAUAUACCAAUCCGACAAAAGUUGAAGAGGAUAUGGAGAAUCCAGAGGUGUUGGUCAGUGUUCCAGUAUCGGCACUAUUCAUGUCAAAGCUUUGUGACAAGUGGAACAUUAAUUAUCAGUGUCCUCGAGAGGAGCCAACAGAAGACUAUUACAUUUACCACAAUAGUCGACACCAAUCAGAUAAAAACUAUAACCAACAACUCAUACUAUCAACCAAUCUUGGGAGAUAUAGAAUGGUCGAGUGGUUACUCCAAGGUCAAAAAACAUAUAAGCCCACAAUGGCCACCUUGUGUAAUAUGUACUGUAUUGCAUACACCAGAGGUUACAUGGGUAUUGUUGCAAUGGUUAAAGAGUAUGCAAAAUCUCUCAAUCUUGAAAAAGAAUUUAAAGAGACAAGAGAAUUUAAAUACUGUUCUUGGGCACAUGCUGCUAAAACUGGAAACAAACAAUUGGUUGACAAAAUUAUCAAACACUCUAAAACACAAUACUUUUCUGUAUCUUGUAUUAGAAAUGCAAUUAGAUUUAAUCAACUAGAGUUUAUUAAACAUGUUUUUGAAUCAAAUCGAAAAGAUCCAGAUUUCCUAGUUUCAAGAUUUUAUUGGCUCUCUAGUAUCUUUGAGCAAGAUGCAUCAUCGAUUCUAGAUUACUUUUUAAAAGUAAUGACAGAAAAUGAAAAAGAUAAAAGAAUUCAAAAGAGAUUUGACAACAAUAACAAAUCAAGAAAAAAACAAAGAUAUAGUUAUUCAGAUGAAAAUGAUACUUUGGAACCUUUAGUUGAAAGAAAAUUUCAAAGAGGUAGAUGUAAAGGAGAAGAUUUUGGACUCUAUCACUUGGUCAUGGACAAACCAAUUGCUCAAUGUUUGGAACAACUAUUUGAAAGUGCAAUAUCAGAUUCUAGUUAUGAAUGUUUCAAAGUAUUGAUUGCAUUUUAUGGAAAUGUCAUUAAACAAUCAACCAACCUAAGAAUUAUUUAUCAACUCAUCGAUUCACCAGAUAUUGAUAUCAAUGUUUUUAAAACAUUACCAUUCACAACAUACCUCGAUCAUAAAGGUUUAAUUAAACCAAGAACUCUAAAACAAUUCGUAAAAUAA